CGAUUUCACGAACAUUUAAAAGUAAAUGUGAGCUUCAAGACAGUUCAUCCUUCGCGACGAUGGUUCAGAUUGCUAUAAGUUAGAUGCGAACAUACUGGUACUGGAGCUUUUGGUGUGAAACCUGAUGCUGGUGUGUAUGUGGUCCUGCAGAGGCAGCGUGGAUGGAUGCAGUCCUCCAGAGUGGUUGCUGGUCGAGCUGCAGGGGGAGAUGGUGUCCAGACACAACUCUGGUCUGGCAGGAGAUGUGAUGGGAGACCUGCUCUACACCAACGAGGGGGUGCCGGUGUUGAUUGUUGGACAUCACAUCCUCUACGGGAAACAGGUCAAGCUGGAGAAGCCCUUCGCUGUUCUCACCAAGCACUCGGGCCGUUCACAGGAAGGCCAUGAGGACGUCACACAAAUUGCCAUGGAAACAAGCCAGCACGAACCUGCCUCCACCUCUUACUCUGUUUCUGCCCUCAUCAAACGAAAACUGAUCUUCAAGACGCGUCCCAAACCCAUCAUCACUAAUGUGCCCAAGAAGGUGUAGCAGGUUUCAGUCUCCUCACAGGCCUGAUCAGACCAGUCUGAACCCGUUAGAAUCACAGACAGAAGAGAUUCUCCAUUUCCACACAUUUGUUGGAGUUUUUCCACUAAAAACAGUUUUUAUGUGAAUAAAAAGGCAGAAUUGAACUGUU